AUGAUUCCAAACCGAAGUAUUAACUUUGAUGCUAACAAGCAGAAGAGGGAGCUGAUCGCCCAGCUGGAAAACAAGAACAGGUGGUGGUGGUGUUGGUGGUGUGGUGUUGUGUGUUGGUGUUGGUGGUGUGUGUUGGUGGUGGUGUGUGUUGGUGAUGGUGGUGGUGUUGGUUGGUGUUGGUGGUGGUGUUGGUGGUGUUUGGUGGUGGGUUGGUGGUGUUGGUGUUGGUGGUGGUGUUUGGUGGAUGUGGUGGUGGUGUUGGUGGGGGGUGUUGGUGGUGGUGGUGGUGGUGGGGGGUUGGGGUGGGUGUUGGUGGUGUUGGUGGUGUUGGUGGGUUGGUGGUGUGUUGGUGGUGGUGGUGGUGGUGUUGUGGUGGUGUGGUGUUGGUGGUGGAUGGUGUGGUGUUGGUGUUUGUUGGUGGUGUUGGGUGGUGGUUGGUGUUUGGUGGAGUGUUGGUGGUGUUGGGGGUGGUGUUUGGUGUUUAGGUGGGUGGUGUUGGUGGGUGUUGGUGGUGGGGUGGUGUUGGUGUGGUGGUGGUGUUGGUGGUGUUGGUGGUGUUGGUGUUGGUGGUGGUGGUUGGUGGUGGGGGUGGUGGGUGUGUGUUGGUGGUGGUGUUGGUGUUUGGUGGUGUUGGUGGUGUUGGUGGUGUUGGUGUGUGAGUGGUGUUGGUGGUGUUGGUGUGGUGGGGUUGGUGGUGGUGUUGUGUUGUGGUGGUGGUGGUGGUGGUGUUUGGUUGGUGGUGUUGGGUGGUGUUGGAGAUGGUUGGGUUGGGUGGUGGUGGUGUUUGGUGUUGGUGUUGGUGUGAGUGGUGGUUGGGUGGUGGUGGUGGUGGAGGGGUGUGUGGUGGUGGUGGUGUUGGGUUGGGUGCGUUGGUGUCACUGUGAUGCAUCUGGGCGACAAUUCCCUCAAGGGGAGCUCAACCGGGGGUUCGGGCCGCACCACGGGUUCAAUGGACUCGCUACCGUAAGACAAAGAUAG